GCCUUUUAGCUUGCGCUGGCUCGGUGAGUUUCCCGUCUUCUGAUCAAGUUUCGUUUGAGCCAGUCACUCAUCCUGCAAUCGCAGCGAGCCUCACAUUCCUUUGGUUAUCACGAUCCUUUUCCAAGCAAUCGUUUUUGACACCCUUGCGGUAUAUUUUGUUGUAUCUCCAGCCUCGAUUGCUUUGUGCUCGUGAUGGCUCCAUAUCUCCUUGAAAGAUCCGACUCCGCAGAUUCUUAUGCCACCCCUCCUGUCAGCACACCGGUGUAUAUAGUCGGUUUCACUCUCGCUGGAUUACUUGUUAUAUCUGCUACCAUAUGGAUUGCGUUGAGGCAAAAGCGUGCCGAACAACGGGGUACGGCUUUUCUCAAUGUACGAGGUGUUAUGAGAGAAACGGACGAACCCGUCAACCAUUUCCUGAGUGGUCAGCCAGCGACAUUUCCUGUCAUCUUCCCAGAAAAGGUCGUUGUCCCCCGUACUUCCAAUACAGCAAGACCUUCAAGACAUGACAAUGCUAUUCUCCCCUCGACUCCUCAAUUCCCUCCUGGCUUGCAUUCGCGAUCAUCCUCGCGAUCAUCCUCUCCUUCCCAAGCCCGACCAGUUCGACAACUUUUCCAACCAGUACUUCCCGAUGAACUCUCCCUUUCACGUGUGGGAGACCACCUGCACGUUCUGGAGUCGUUUGAUGAUGGCUGGUGCCUCGUCGCUCAAAAUAACCUCCCUCCUUCUCGUUCUUCGCUGUCAUUUUUAAAUCCCUCACGAUUUUCCACAAGGGUGGAGAGUAGCGGAGAAAAUGUCCAGCUUGGUCUUGUACCAGCGUGGGUCUUCAUCAAGCCCAUGAAGGGAAUGCGCGUGGAAAGACCUGUUCGCAGCUCCAGUGCAGGCGUACUCCAGGCUGGCUUGAAUGCUCCCGAGUCGAGAGACGCUGUAAUUUCUUGGUCCAACUUCUCUUGAAUCGAAGUUAGAAAAAUUCUGAUGGGGUAUGCAUCGAGUCUGUUGUUUUCCUUGCUUUAUCAUUUUCGGCGGGCCGUUUCAAAUAUUUUAUCAAAAUCUGCCGUGCAGGUAUGCUUAGAACUUCACUUGCAGUUCACUCCUCACGGUACAACUGUAUUGUAUACCCUCAUUUGUUGUAUCACUUGGCAUACAUAUACCAGUUCAGAAACUUCAGCAGAAAUGCA